AUGUCGUACAAUUUAGAUGUUGAUGAAGCUGACGUUGCAGUUUUGAAUCAAAACUUGAUUCGAUCAAAAGAGCUAUUUGAAUCAAUUGGUAAAUCAUUACAUAAAAUUUCAACCAAAUCCCAAACGGCAUCCUCUACAAUUAAUCCUGUGUUAAAACAGGUGAACCAAUUAACCACCAAUAAACAUGAAGUGGAGAAUGGAUUGAAACUAUUACAAGAGGUUAGUGAAAAUGCCAGCAAGAUCAAUGAUUUAGAGAACUUAUUAAAUAAUUCAAUUGAAAACUCUCCAGGAGGGAUAAAACUGUAUUUAAUAAACUUGAACCAACUGAAAAAUUUAUUGUCACAAAUUAAAACUCAAUCCAAAUUCAAACAAUUCAAAGGCAUUUUAUAUAAUUUUGAAAACUUGAUUGAUCGUUCAGAAACCAAAGUACAAAAAUAUUAUCAAGAUUUAAUUAAUGGAAAAGAUUCUCGUGCCAUUAUCGACAAACGUGAUGAAAUUAAAUUAAUUUUCCAAUACUUCUCCAACCCUCAGACCAAAUCUACCAGCAAUAGUGGUGGCAAUGAAGAGUAUGUCACAAAGUUGUAUGUGCGGGCAAGGUCAAAACGAUUGAUUGAGAAAUUGAAACCAAUUGAAUCAUCAACAAAGCCAGCAGUGAAAGCAAAUGCCAAUAUACCUUAUGAAAAGGGAACCAAUGGAAUAACUAAAUAUACAGAUGUUUUAAGUGGAGAAAUUGAACAAGAAUUGAUAAUCUUAAACGAAUGUCAAUUAUCUACGCAUUUGAUUGGACCUAUAGUAGAAGAAUCAAUCCUGAGAUAUAAUGGCAUUAUCAAUAAGUACAACCAAGUUUAUUUCAAGACUCCUCAAGAGAUUGUUGACAAUGUAAUAUUGAUAUUAGAAGUUUUGAAUAAUUUGAUUGAUUUCAAAGUUAAAUUGAAACAAAUUGGGUUGAAUAGAACAUUGGAGCAGUCCAAUUUCAUAAACACGUUUGAACAAUAUUUAGAAACGAAUUCUGUAAUUUUCAAGGAAUUUAUUCAAGCUAUAGACAACAGAUUUCAAAACUUGGGCAAGUUCAAUGAAAUUAACACUCAAGAAGUGAUUGUUGAAUUAAUGAGUAAAUUACGUCGUUUGAGUGAAUUCAAGUUGGCAUUAUUACAAUUGAUUAAGAAUUACUCUAUUGGACAAUGGCUAGUGUCACAACCGCCAAUGAGAUUUGUUAAUGUUUUCUCCUCGGUGAUUCCCAACUCUCAACCACAAGCUAAUAGUGAUGGAGAGGAAGAUGAAGUAAUACAAGAAUAUUUGUUGUCGUCAUUUUACUCAGAUGUCAUUGAUGCCAUAAUGAUAAACAUUGAAAUUGGAUUAAAGAAGAAUACUAGUGGUGGUGAUUCAUUGCCACUGUCCUCUUCAACUUCAGCAUCGACAAAUGCAACAUCAGGAACAUCAUCAUUGAGUUUAAACAAAAAGUCAACCCAAGGGUUUAUUUUGAUUAAGAAUUUAUUUAUGUUGGAAUCAAUAGUUAACCGAUCACAGUAUUUGUAUCAGAGUUUAGGAAGUUUGGGAGAGGAAAGAAUAUUACGAUUAAAGAAUCGAUUUUUGAAAUUAUUCCUUGAUGAUUGGAGUCACGCUUCCUAUAUUAUUAUUCGAGACAUGACAACAAUUGCUACUCAGCUGGCACAGCACCAACAAUCACAACAACAACUGAGUAAUACCAUAGGAACUGGUGGUGGGACUGUUACGAAUUUGUCUAACAAAGAAAAAGAUCAAGUGAAAGACUUGUUUAAGAACUUUAAUGAAUCGUUUGAGGAGGCAUUAUUUAAUUAUCAAAAGUACAAUUUUGGUGAUGCAAUAUUAAAAAAGUAUUUGAGUAAUGAAAUUAAGAAAUUAAUUUUGAACACUUAUUUCAAGUUAUAUGACAAGUAUGGUAAUUCUGAUUUCACGAAAAAUAAAUCAAAAUACGUCAAGUAUGAUAAAUUGAAUUUCGAAAAGUUGUUGAACGAGAGGUUAUAG